AUGGCAACAGCACAACCGUUGGCUUCUAAUAGUAUAGCAGAUGUGAUAGGGCAAUUUAAUGGUGGUUAUUACAAAAUAGAUCAUCGUGAUACAAAUGCACUUCUUUCAAUAACAUUACAACCAAAUACUCCAUUUUAUGCACAACCAGGAGCUAUGGUUGCUAUGAGUCCAGAAGUGACACUCAAAGGAAAAUUUAAAUUUUCAUUUAAAAAAAUGUUGACAGGUGGUGAAAUGGCUCAAUCAACAUUUACUGGUCCUGGAGAAAUACUACUUGCACCACCUAUUUGGGGUGAUAUCGUUCCUAUUCAAUUAGAUGGUCAAACUCAAUGGAGUGUAGGCAAAGGUGGUUACUUAGCUAUGACUCAUGGUGUUGUAAAAGAAACAAAAUCACAAGGAUUAGGUAAAGCAAUGUUUUCUGGUGAAGGUCUUUUUGUUCAUCGUGUAUCAGGUGUUGGAAUUAUUUUUGUCACGUCACUUGGUGCUAUUGUACAACGUCAAUUAAAGCAAGGUGAACAAUGGAUUGUUGAUAAUGGACAUUUAGUUGCAUGGAAUUGUCCAUAUUCAAUUGAAAGAACUGGUGGUGGUCUUAUGAGUGGAAUGCAUGCUGGUGAAGGACUUGUUUGUCGAUUUACUGGUCCUGGAAUAGUUUAUAUCCAAACACGAAAUCCAGACGCUUUGUCGGAAUGGAUAGCAAGUCAUGUAUCAACAUCGAGUGGCUAA